UGAUCUCUCUCGUUGUUUGGAUCAUGCAAGGCUCCAUUUCAGGGUGUGUUUGACUUCAGACAGGGGGAAGCGUGGCACAUUCUCAGAGCUGACAGGGUCGAUGAGCCGAGCAGCAGGGAAGAAAAUCAAUAGGAUCAUCACCUUCUCCAAACGGAAACCCCCUUUACCAGGAGAGCCUCCCUCGUCUUCUGGGCACCAUGACAACCCACGCUGUGGCUACCUCAGUGUGUGUCUGAGCGGCUCUUGGAAGGAGCGCUGGUGCGUGCUGCGAGGCGGAAGUCUGUACCUGCAGAAGGACCCAGGAGACCAGCGGCCCCCCGUCAUCGUGGUGCCACUCAAGGGGGCGGAAGUGGUGCCAGGCGGCCUCGGACCCAAACACCCCUUCUCCUUCCGCAUCCUGCAGGGAGGCAACGAACUGGCAGCUUUAGAGGCCAGCUGCUCUGAAGAUCUUGGCCGCUGGUUGGGUGUUUUGUUUGCAGAGACCGGCAGCGCCACUCUCCCUGAAGAGUUGCACUACGACUACAUUGAUGUGGACACACUCACCGACAUACGGCACGCUGCCAGGCACUCCUUCCUGUGGGCCACGACCACUGCUGCUUCGUCCAGCAAUGCCUCGAUAGACUCCAGAACUUAUGAUGAGGUCUAUGAAAGCAUUGAGGAUGGGGAUGUGGAGAGCCGAGGAGGCCAUGUGAGACGUCACGCCUCCUUCUCAAGCAGGGACUCUGAAAAAACAGAACAGCAGGCUGCCAUUAAGAGACACGCCUCCAAUGUAAAUCAGUACGGACGCUAUGGGAAGACGCGUGCAGAGGAGGAUGCCCGGCGAUACCUGAGGCAGAAAGAAGAGCUGGAGAGGCAGAAAGAGGACCUGAGAAAUGCACUGAUUUCCCUCCGCAGGGAGAAGAAGGGGGUGAAGGAGGAGAUGAAGAGCGGCACAGGUCAUGGUGUGGAGAAGCGGUUAGCUGAGCUGGAGACGCUGUGUAAACAGAAAGAGGAGGAGAGGGUAGAACUGGAGCUCAGACUGACAGAAGUCAAAGAAAACCUGAAGAAAUCACUGGCUAGAGGAGCACUGGGUCCACCUACUGACAGCAAGAUCAGCGCCAAGGCGCAGGGCAGCAAGGUUGAAAAGGUUUACAAUGAGACUUUACCCGUCAACUCAGCAUCUGAACUCCGUAAACGCCCUCCAUCUCUUUACGCCUCCUCUAAGGGGAAUGUCAUGCAGAAGGCAAAGGAGUGGGAGUCAAAGAAGGGGACCUAAACUGAACACAACCGGAUCGACAGAUGGAUUCUUGGAGAGAAAAAAAAAAACUGAGCCGUGACAGGAGGAUGUGUAAAAGGAGAAUGUAAGAACAGCAAGAAAAACUGGCACUGAAGAGAGGAAGAAGAGAUGGAGGAGGAAGAGGAGGAGGAGGAGGAGGAGGAGGGCGGACUCUGACAUAUUCUUCCCUCCUCUUAUGUAAAGAAAAAAUGGGAUCUUAGCAAGUCCAAGCAGCACGAUGCUGCCUCAACCACUGUAAAUAGGACAGACUUGACUGAUAUACCAGUACAGUAUUAACGUGGAUCACUAUGAACAUCACGUUUAUGUGUUUGCGUGAGUUUGCAUGUGUGUUUACAUUUGCACAGGGCUGCAGAAAGUGUGGUUCUUCAGCAAUGUGAGUUCAGCGUUACAGCAAGACUUCCUACUUACACCCACUGGUUUUUAUUCUUUUUUUUUUUUUUUACUCAACACUUAGAAAUGAAAAAUGAAAAACUAAAGACAUCAAUAUUAUUGUAAAUUAUCAUUACUGAUGAGAGAAGUAUCUCAUGUCUUGUUUUGCAUAUUUAAACAUUUAGGAAACCGUAUUGAGUAUGACACUGUUCCUGAAACCAAUGAGGAAAUGUUUAUUGUUGCAAUGUGAAACGAUAGCUUUUGACCAUUAUAUGGGUAUUUUUUUUUCAUAUUUGACUUUUGCACUUUAUCUUGUUGUAUUUUGUGAUUACCUGGAUGUCUUGGACAUUAACAGCUCUGUCAGCAGAUUCAUUUGAAGAUAAAUACCUAUGUCACACAUGUUGGAGUAAAAAAUUACUUUAUCAAGAAA